CCUCUCCCAUACCAAUUACCAAAGACAGCUUGGUAAGAGAGAGAGAGAGAGGGAGAGAAGAUCAAAAACAACAAAAAACCUUCUUCCCCCUUCUGUCUCUCUCUAGACUCUACAUAAAUAUAUACAUAUACUUGUUUCUAGAUAUAUGUAUCUAUAUAUACAUAUAUAAAUAAACCACCGAGCACCGAUUGCUGCGUUCUAGGGUUUUUCUGUUUGGGAAUUCAAUCGGAUCUGAUCUUAUGGCUGACUCUUACUGUUCGGACUGCAAGAAGAACACGGAGGUGGUGUUCGACCACGCCGCCGGGGACACUGUCUGCUCCGAGUGCGGCCUCGUGCUUGAAUCCCGCUCCAUCGACGAGACAUCUGAGUGGCGUACGUUUGCUGAUGAUUCUGGUGAUCAUGACCCGAACCGUGUUGGAGGACCCGUUAACCCCUUGCUCGGCGAUGUUGGCCUCUCCACCGUUAUUUCCAAGGGUCCAAAUUCUAAUGGCGACGCUUCUGUCGCCCGCUUGCAGAAUCGGGGCGGUGAUCCUGACCGAGCACUCGUUAUGGCUUUCAAAGCCAUAGCUAACAUGGCUGAUAGGUUGAGCCUUGUUGCUACUAUAAAGGAUCGUGCAAGUGAGAUUUAUAAAAGGUUGGAAGACCAGAAGUGUACAAGGGGAAGAAAUCUGGAUGCUUUGGUGGCUGCUUGCAUUUAUAUUGCCUGUCGACAAGAAGGCAAACCUCGCACAGUAAAAGAAAUUUGCUCGAUUGCCAAUGGAGCCACAAAGAAGGAAAUUGGUCGAGCAAAAGAAUUCAUUGUAAAACAAUUGAAGGUUGAAAUGGGGGAGUCAAUGGAGAUGGGAACCAUACAUGCAGGGGAUUAUCUGAGACGUUUUUGCUCUAAUCUUGGUAUGAGCAAUGAAGAAGUUAAAGCUGUUCAAGAGACUGUCCAGAAGUCAGAGGAGUUUGAUAUUAGGAGGAGUCCUAUAUCUAUUGCAGCUGCAAUUAUAUACAUGAUAACACAGCUUUCCGAUUCAAAGAAACCAUUGAGAGAUAUUUCACUUGCAACUACCGUUGCAGAGGGGACCAUCAAGAAUGCGUACAAGGAUCUAUAUCCCCAUGCUACAAAAAUUUUACCGGAAUGGUAUACCAAGGAUAAGGACACCAAGAACCUUUGCAGUCCCAAGGCAUAAACACAGCCGGAGCGAGUCUUCCCUUCCCUUCGAAUUGAUGUCGAGAAUUGUCAAGUGUGAUCGAGGCAUCAGAAACAGUAGGUAGUAGGAGUUUAGCUGGGUAAUUUGGUUACUGGUAUGGGAUUUAUUUCAAAGAGAAGGAAUUAUUUAGUUAAUGGCUUGAAAUUUCAUUGUUACAUUGUUUUCAUCAUCCUCCUCCUUACCCCUUUCUUCAUUCCUUCCAUACAGAUAGCAAUCCAAUUUUGAACUUUGAUUAAUCAAUUGACUGACGUGGUCCCUGAUUGGAGAAAGGGAUUUUAUUUUGUCUUC